CGUCCGGGUGUCGCAGCGAUUGAUUUUACAAUACUAGCCUCCCCCUUAGAUAUUUCUCACCGAGAUUUGCUUGGAGGAUACGAUUCAGCAUGGCCGCCGAGCAGCGCAAGCUUCUCGAGCAGCUCAUGGGAGCGGACCAGCUCAUCGGUACUGGUGCAUCUGCUCGAAACGCGCAACUAUCUAUUACAGACCCAAAAGUCUGCCGAUCGUAUCUGGUCGGCACAUGCCCCCAUGACCUUUUCACAAAUACGAAACAAGACCUUGGACCGUGUCCCAAGGUACACAGCGAAGGUUUAAAGGCUGAGUAUGAGGCAGCGUCGUCGCAUGAGAAGUCGAAGUGGGGGUUUGAAUACGAUUACAUGCGCGACAUGCAAAAGUACAUCGACGAGUGUAAUCGGAGAAUUGAUUCAGCGCAACGACGGUUGGAGAAAACCCCGGAUGAGAUACGGCAGACAAACAACUUACUGCGACAAAUUUCAGACCUAAGCAAAACGAUCAAUACCGGGCUCGAAGAAACUGCCAUUUUGGGCGAGCUCGGAUGUGUAUCGCUCGCAAUCACGGAAUUUCACAAGAUCAGACAAUCAAAACACCAGAAGGAAAGCGCUGAAAGGGAAUUGAAAGCCCUUUCCGAUACCUCCGGUCCCUCUGGACAUCAAAAGCUUCAAGUAUGCGACGUAUGCGGUGCUUAUCUUAGUCGUCUAGACAACGAUCGCCGACUUGCAGAUCAUUUCUUCGGUAAAAUGCAUUUAGGCUACGCCAAAAUGCGGGAAACAUAUUCCACGCUACAAAAGGAGCUCAGGGGUCCACCGCCAUCGCGACACGAGGAUGGGCCGUCCGGUCGUGAUUCAGGUUACGAAGAUGGCGGCUGGGGCCCCAGGCCAGGCGGAGGAUAUGGAGGAAGAUCCUACCGGAGUGGCGGGGGAGGUGGUGGUUAUGGCAGACGAAGAGGAGGGGGUUAUGGAAGCAGGUGGUAAUUUGUGGACAUUCUACUUUCCACGGGACUUGCAUAGCGCAGGCGUUACUGGUGUUUAACUUAAUACCAACUCACAGUCUAGUAUUUUUGAUGUUAAAAGAGGGAUUAUUCAAGUUUAUGGCAGGAGGUCUGUGGCUAGAUCUGUUUUGAAUUUGCAAGUUAGGGCUCUAGAGAAUGUCGCAUUCACUUGGGGUCGAAGAAAAAUUGCUUGAGAUCAUAUUGGAGAGAGAUCCUACGCAAUCCUGUUUCGUAUUUCAAUAUUGCUAGGCUUUGAUACUGCUGUUGUUUAGUAAACCCCAUUCUGCUCAUCAUGAUAAGAGCUGUCUGAGCAAUAUAACUCUAUCAAGGACCACGGACACCCGUGUUUCGCUUGGCUUGAUUUUGGGGGGCCGCUGAAGAUAUUAUCCGUCGAACAUUUUAAUUAAACAUAUACAUACGGGGUUGCAGGUUCGAGCAAUACCUCGCUAUGAGUUACAAAGUGCAGGAAGGAUUCUGCAACCAAAUAAAAGGCAGAACUUCAACAAGCUCAGCAAAAUAAUACAAAUACAUGUGAUACAGCCUCUUUGUUCAAAUUGAGACACAAGACUUAAGUCAAGUAACACACCAAAAGGGCAGAAGAAAAGUACACAACAAGAGUGAACGCCUUUGGCUGUCUUUUUUAGCGGAUAAUACAAUGCAUUCCCAGUUCCAACAAAGAAUCCGCCUAAGUGCACAAAUAUGGGUUCGCCAGACAAUAAAAUGACAGGUGGACAAACAGGUAGUUCAAGAAGUAUUGAAGAUUAUGUUAUGUUCCACCAUUUGUCCUUUCCAUAAGUGCGUUCAUUAGUUGUUCGUAGCUGUUCGCAGCAGACGGAUGCCGAGAUAAGAUCUCUGCAAUGACGUUGAAUUGAGCGACAUCUGCAUUUGGAGCAUGUCUUAAGACCUCCUCAAUGGUAGGUGAUGAGGCAAGCUGCUCCCCUAGAACGUAGACUGCAGCUGCUUUUCCAUUGAGUACUAGCGGAGAUUGAGGUUGAGAAUAUGGUGGCGGCGGACUAUAAUGUCCCUGAGACUGUGAAGGUGAUCCAGAAGGUCGAUCCGUGUCCUGGUAGGAAAGUGAAUGUUGAGAAUAUCGUGCAGUUGGGGUGGCUGUUAGUGGACUAGCCACGCUAGCUGGAGGAUGUUGCGGCGUGACGGCAUUUGAGUGAUUGUUACUUGUCUUGAGGACGAAUACCACAAGCAAUAGCCGUUCGGGCGUUGGGUUUUCAAUAGCAUUGUUCUCAAGGAUCUCCAUAAAUUCUGGCUUUCUGCCUGAGCCUGCCUCAACAGGAACGAGAUAUGUGUCCUUCACAGCGGGAAGAGGAUGUUUUCCCAUAACACCAUACCGUUUUCGUCGAACGAAGUAAUCGAAUAAGUUGUUGAAGCUCACGACAUCAUCAGGAGCAUCUGGGGGUGGAAUUGCCACAACUGUGAUAUCUACCGUGUGACUGUAUCGAAGUCCACACACAUAAUUUGUUGCAAGUUGGAUAUCGAUGCGG